AUGUACAUUCCAGAUCCAUGUGGUGCUGCUUGCUUUUCUUACUUUCAAGUAUUCAGUCUUGAGUGUUCUACUACUAUUGAAAAUGAAAGGCUAACCACACCAGGGUGCCGUUCAUCUAGCGAGCCGUAUAUGAGUAGUGUUGCAUGGUGCUGGGAGCUGCAAUGCACUAAUAAAACUAGUGUUAGUACUCAAAAAUUUAUUGAAGCUUGGAACACAAAACUUCCUUCUAACAACUUCUCUUUCUUUGAUGCUUUAAGCUCAGGGAAACCAAAAAACAGUUUAAAUGCUUCAAGCUCAAAAAUUAACCUCAAAGAACCAGCACUAGUUAAUGACACACUAUUCUACAUUUACUAUAAAUCAAGUAAAGACUUCUUGGAUUCUGAGACUUACCAUGCUAGAAUGGCAUUAUCUUUAGUAAUGAUCACUUGGUCCUUGGUAUUUUUUGGUACGCUCUAUAACAUCAAUGAAAAAUUUCAUCUGGACGAAAGGUACUUGCCCAAAACUGUUAGACUUUGUUUCCGUAAAUAUCUUUUGCUUCCAGCACUGUUUAAUGAAAAGUGUUGUGUUCCGAUAAAACUAAAUGAAGGGUUUCCCAUUGAUUAUGUUCCUCCAAGAAUUGUGGCAAUCACUAUCAUUUUUUACUAUAUCAUUAAUAUCAUUUUUUGUGCCGUUCCUUACAGGGGAUUCUGGGAAGAUCUUUCUAAUCCGCAUGAUACUGCCAGUUUGAUGUACACCUAUGUCGGUAAUAGAACAGGUGUUUUAUCCUUUGCUAAUAUCCCAAUCCUGAUAUUAUUUGCUUCACGGAACAAUAUUUUCCAAUGGUUAACGGGUUGGUCAUAUGCUACAUUUCAACACUUUCAUAGGCAUGUUUCAAUUAUUUGUGUUCUAGAGGCUUUUGUUCACUCUGUUUGCUAUACAAUCAAAUAUGUCAAAAAGCCUUAUAGUGCUCAUUAUUACGCAAAUGAAGCCGCUAAACCCUAUUUUUGGUGGGGAAUCUUGGCAACUGUUGCUUGUAGCUUAAUGCCCCCAUUGACUGUCUUAAAGAUAAGGAUUACAAGCUAUGAAUUCUUCCUUGUUACUCAUUAUAUCUUGUCAAUUCUUUUUGUAAUUGGGUGUGCUUACCAUAUAAAGAAAAGGUUCAGUACUGAAUGGGGCUAUAACUACUGGCUAUACUGCUCUUAUGCCGUUUGGGGGUUUGAUUUUUUUCUUAGAAUAUUGAGAUGUGUGCGUUUGAAAGUCAAAGGCUGCAAAAGCAAAGCCAUUGUUGAGAUUGUUGAUAUUGAAUCAAAAACUAUCAAAAUUACUUUUAAGAUUCGUGAUUUUUCACAAGACUGUGUUGGCAAUUACUAUUAUAUUUACUUCUUCACAAUAUUUCCAUUUUUUACAAGUCAUCCAUUCACUGUUGCGGAAUGGAAGGGUGCAGCUUUAAACUUCAAUAGUCCAGUCCAUGAAUGUACUACUGAAUCUGAAAAUGAAGAUAUGAUGAAAGAAAUAAAAAGUCAAGAACAAGCGAUUAAGCUCCCUCUUCCAUCCGCAUUAUCAUCAAACUACACCUUUUAUGUCCAAUGUUUGAAAGGCACUACAGGAAAGAUUUUUAAUAGAUUGGAACAAAACAAUUUUAACCCAUUUGAAAUAUUCUCUGUGUUGGAAGGACCAUAUGGCUCUUCUGAAAGAGAUGUAUUUCAGGACUAUGACUUUAUGAUACUUCUUACAGGUGGUAUUGGAAACACGGUAAUUAUUAACUACUUGCAGAGCUUCCUGGAUUAUAAAGAGCGGAAAUGUUUUAGGUCAUCGCAUGAUACUAAAAUCAGCAUUUUGCACCUUGACAGAUUCAAAGGAAGACUAAAUUUUUUGCGAGAGAAAUUGAAGGAUAUAGUUCCACCAGAUAGUUUUCCAGAUAUUGAGAUCCAACUACAUGAUACAAGCGCGGCUGGAAGAAUAGAUUUGAAAGAAUAUAUUUCCAAAAAAGUCGACAAAUUUGAAACUGAAUACUAUUCUGGAGUAAGGAGAAUUGGUGUUAUAUCAUGUGGUCCUGCAAAGUUCAAUGAUAUAUGUAGACGCACCUGUGUUGACUUGCAAGAGAAACUUUGUCAAGAAACCAUUAUAAGUUAUAUCACAGAUCCCUUUGAGUGGUGA